GGCUCGGGGCGGGUCUCCGGGAGCUUUGGGGACGACCUGAGCGGACGCCGGGCGCGUGCGCAGGCGCGGUGGGCCGCAAGGAGGGAGCGAUCCAGCGGGCAUCCAGAGGAGCGUUGACCGGUCACCGGCGCUGGGCGCUAUGAGACCCGGCGAGGAGCGGCCCGUGGAGGGGGGCGCCUGCGCCAGCCUGUCGGAGCUGGAGCUGCUGAAGCUGCGCGCCUCGGAGUGCAUCGACGAGGCGGCGGAGCGCCUGGGGGCCCUGAGCCGCGCGAUCUGGAGCGAGCCCGAGCUGGCCUACGAGGAGCACCAUGCCCACGGCGUGCUGACGCGCUUCUUCGAGAGCGAGCCCCCAGCCGGGUCGUGGGCGGUGCAGCCGCACUACCAGCUGGCCACGGCCUUCCGCGCUGAGUGGGGGCCGCCGUGGGGCUUGGCGGCGCUGCGCCCGCUGCACCUGGGCUUCCUCUGCGAGUACGACGCGCUGCCCGGCAUCGGGCACGCCUGCGGCCACAAUCUGAUCGCCGAGGUCGGGGCGGCAGCCGCGCUGGGCGUGAGAGGGGCCCUGGAGGGCCUCCCCGGGCCGCCUCUGCCGGUGAAGGUAAUUGUCCUGGGAACCCCUGCAGAAGAAGAUGGUGGUGGCAAAAUUGAUUUAAUUGAAGCAGGGGCUUUUAAAAAUCUUGAUGUUGUUUUUAUGGCCCAUCCAUCUCAAGAGAAUGCUGCUUAUCUACCGGAUGUGGCUGAACACGAUGUGACUGUGAAAUACUAUGGAAAAGCAUCUCACGCUGCUGCGUAUCCCUGGGAAGGACUAAAUGCAUUAGAUGCUGCUGUUCUCGCCUAUAACAAUCUGUCUGUGUUAAGACAGCAAAUGAAACCAACCUGGAGAGUUCAUGGUAUAAUAAAAAAUGGUGGUGUAAAACCCAAUAUCAUUCCCUCUUAUUCUGAAUUAAUCUAUUACUUCCGUGCACCCUCAAUGAAAGAACUUCCAGUUUUGACCAAAAAGGCAGAAGAUUGCUUCAGAGCUGCAGCUUUGGCUACUGGGUGCACAGUAGAAAUUAAAGGUGGAGCACAUGAUUAUUACAAUGUUCUUCCCAAUAAGAGUCUAUGGAAAGCUUAUGUUGAAAAUGGGAAAAAGCUGGGAAUAGACUUCAUUUCAGAAGAUGCAAUGUUGAGUGGCCCUUCAGGAUCUACUGAUUUUGGAAAUGUUACUUUUGUGGUUCCUGGGAUUCAUCCAUAUUUUUACAUUGGAACAAAUGCCUUGAAUCAUACAGAACAGUAUACUGAAGCUGCAGGAUCACCAGAAGCUCAGUUCUAUGCUUUGCGAACAGCCAAAGUUCUGGCAAUGACUGCAUUGGAUGUUAUUUUUAAGCCAGAGUUGUUGGAAAGAAUCAGAGAGGACUUUAAAUUGAAACUUCAAGAAGAAGAGUAUUUAAAUACAGUAGAAUAAAAGGAAGAUUUCGGAGCCGCUGGUGGAUCAUUAGGAAGUGAUUUUUUUUCUUUAAUCUUUUUUAAUGAAGGGGGAGGGCAUGGCUUGUUUUUCAGUCUUAAAGGAGUCAGAUUCCUCUUACCUGAAAAGUGAGGACAUGAUGUGGAGAAAACACAUUACCUCAUAUCUAAAAUGAAAUUUCGCAAGUCUGUGUCUGAUAGAAUUGUGAUCUCACAGAGCUGGUAUGUGAUGGCAUUUCUUAAAUAACCUGGACGAUACAUGGUUUAUCAGUGAUGAUAUUUUAUAAAUUCUUAUGCUGUGUGAGUAUAUUUUAAAAGAUCCAAGAGAUUUCAUACCUUAUAUUCAGAAUUGACACAUGAAAGACUUUUUUUUUUUUUUUUUUGGUGUAGGGUGGUAAAAUUGUUCUAUAAAGUUGUUUUAAAAUUCAAGUUCUAAGUCUAGGGAAGGUUCAUUUGGAAUAUCUGACUGUAUCUGCUUUGCUUUGGGGAAUCUCUUCAUUGAUAAUAAAAAUAGGUUUUUAAUCAGAAAUGCUGUGGGGAGACAACCAGAAGCUCAGGUACAAAGAAUAAGUUUUAGUUUUACCAUUUGAAGGAAAAUGAAAAUGUUCUUUUUAACAUAUAAUUUACUCUAAGAAGUGGCAUUAAAGUGCUAUUCCUCAUUCCAUAUGCCUGUAAAUAGGAAAAACUACAGAUGGAUAGGAUUAGACUCUUCCUGUAAGGUGUUUGCUUGGUAGCCGCAUGUGUUCUAGAGGAAUUUAAUGAGAGGGGAGCGAUGUCUACUUAAUCUUGAAUGUUAAUGUCAUAUAACUGGUCCCCUCUACCCAGCCAGCUCUAUUCAGGCUUCUCAGAAUUUUAGCCUGUCCAGCCUGGCUGGACAAUGUAGUUGACAGAGUUUAGGGGACAGAAUUCUAAGCCUCCUUAAGCCCCGUGCUAGCCCAAUAUAAAUUUAAAAGUAUUACAAGUUUUUCCUGGUGUGAAUUUAUUGAACAUGAUAAAAGAAUGUGAAAAAAGUAUCUGGUAAAACAAGUAUUUAAAGCUGUGACUAUUUUUAAAGAAGAGUCCUCCAGUUUGAAUGUAAGCAUUCCAAAAAUGGAAGAGAGGAAAGAGAAGUGAGCAUUUGGCCUCUGCUGUAAGCAAGUCACUUGAGUGCUCUCAGCCUUUGGCUCCUCGUUUGGGAAGUUAGAUUAGGUCCCUUAUCCUUACAGUCCUUUAAACCUUUGAUUCCUAUUCUAUCUGAAAUACUUAAAGUUGAAAGAAAGAGAGGGGUAUUUGGGGGAAGAGUUAGUGUUUGAGAAUUGCUUUCUAUAUCGGGUCUGCAGACUACACCUGAUUUGGCAAGCGGCCUGAUUCUAUAUGGCUAGCAUGCUAAAAAUGGUCUUUACAUUUAUAACAAAGCAUCAGAGACCAGAUCAUGUGACCUGCAAAACUGAAAAUAUUUACUGUCUGGCCCUUUGUAAAAGAAAGUUUGCCAGCCCAUCCUAUAUAACAGUAAAAUAAAACCUGUUUCUCUUUUGAUUUACAUCAUACAAUCAGAUAUUCUCCUAGAAUAAAACUUCAAGCCUCUGAAUUGAAAACAUUGAGAAAGGCAAUUAGAUGGCAGUGCCCUGGUGUCGACCAUUAUAAUGCGUCAGGGAUUUGUCCUCACUGGGGCUUCUGACACUUUAGAAGUUUGCUUUCUUUUAGCAUUCACUUCAUUCUGGGAUCCAGCUACCCUACUGCCUUAAGACUGUCUCCUGUGCAAGCUACUCUUCUAACUCUUCGUAUCAGCUUUUAGAACUGGAUCCUCCAUGACACUCUGUAUCUGAUUAUUUAUAAUCUCAAAGAGUCAUGGUAUAUAUUUUACAAACAGGAAAGGGAUCAACAGAGGCUUCACGCUGAGAAUUGGGUAUGUCCAAGACCUCUGGUUUAUAAAAAAUAGAGUUUCCUAAUUAUCAAUUUAAUAAAUUUCUCAACUACAAGCUUUAAAUUUCUUAUAUAAAUCCUACGCCCUAAGGAAUGUGGUUUUAUUUUCUAACGCCUUGAUAAAAUUCUAAAACAUUGACUGUUGGCUGGUAUCCCGACACACCGAUGUUCUCCUGUCUUUUGUGAACUGUCACAAAUUAAUUGUUACUUGUACUUAUUUGUUUGUGAUAAAUUUACUUUUUAAAAGCAAAUUAGAGUGAAGUUCAGGUUAACAUUCUGUUGUUACCUGUUCACUUGUGUUCUGGUAAGUAUUCUGCCUGAGAGCGAGGUGUGGAGCUGCUGCUGGUGUGCAGGGAAUAUGUGUAUCUGUCCCAGCACUGUCCUCCACAACCCCGUCUGAGGAAGUGACAUUGAUGAGCUGCUAAGAUUUGUGUCACCUCUGAGUUUCUAUCAUUUUAUUUUCCUUUCAACAUUUUUAAAACUUGGUCAAAACAUGGCAUCACCCAUGGGAAUAUGUCCUGGAUUUAUCAUGUCGGAAAAGAGGUUGAGAACUGAUACUCUGGAGUCCGUCUAGAAGUAUGUUUUUUUUUUUUUCUCUCCAGAUCUCACCUUGACAUUUUACAUUAAUUCACUUUAACAGUUAUUUCGCAUAAUUCAGAUUUUUUAAAUCCCUUAUUACUUUUUGUAUACCAGUGAGUUAAUUGAGCCAUAUUACACUAAAAUUUGUAAAUAAAUACAUAAAUAAAUGCUGAGUCAGAAUCACAUGUCCAGAGGAUCCAACUGUAGCUAAUCUUCACUGUGUCAUUUGAAUUCAGGAGACUUCUUUUGUAAUGGUAGUUUUUCCUUUUGGAACUAAAUUCUUUCUUUACCCUCAUACAUCAAUGCCAUGUUUCUAUUGUGCUAAAUUCUCAUAAACGUUUAUACUUAGUUUAAAUUAGCCUUGUUGAUUGGUCCUCAUAUUUUGUCAUUAUAGCCUUUUUUUUUUUUUUUUUUUUUAGUGGAGGUACUGGGGAUUGAACCUAGGACCCUGUGCAUGCUAAGCAGGUGCUCUAAAACUAAGCUGUUUAUCCCUCCUGGGCCUUAGAUUUUGGAUUAUGUCUCCAAAGAUUUUGGUAGAUAAACAGAGGAGCACCAGAUUACAGGUGAACAGUGUCACUUUUAGAUAAAAAUGUUUAUAUAUAGCUCUUUAUUACUUAAAAGAUGAAUAUUUGUUUUUAGGACGUCGACAAAUGGAUAGGACUUUUAAUAAUUUAUUAUUUUGUUUCCUGUUUUUGAGAAGGGGGACAACUAACUUUUUCUCCAGAAUUAGUUUGAGUGAUGACACUUUGCUUUCACUUAGAUUCAGUGAUUAUAUGUUACUCCUCCACUAGAUUGUAUAUUCUUUGAAGCCAUUGUCUUUUCAGUAUGCUUAAUUUCCUUCAGGUAUGCUAAAACCUGAUUUAUUUGGGGGGAAAAAAAGACCAAGCUGAGUGAGUGUGAAGUUUAAAGUAAUAUGAUUUUCAAAAUAUUGAAUUAGCUUCUGACCUAAACUAGAGGUAUAGGUGGGCCUGCUUGAGGCCCACUUGUAUCCUUGUUUUUGUAGAAAGUGCUUUUAUUAUGUGCCUUUUUUACAAUCUUUCAUUGUUUGCACCCAGAACUGAAAGCAUUUUCCUCAGAUACCAGCUUUUGGCUAUCUUUGUUAAAUUAAUAGACUUUAAAGGUAUGAUCCAAAUUAAUGAUUUAAAUUUAAUUAUAGAUUGAAAUUUUUUCUCUUUUGUGACUUAAUUUUAAGAGCAGUCCUGACUUAAUUUGGGACCUGUAUAAAACAAUUAUGUGGUACUACUAAUUACUGAGUGGCAGUAUAGUAUAUAAUACGAUUGAGUUUAGCUAAUAUUUAGCUCGCCUCUGAGAAUUUUCAGACUACUUUUCAGUUUUAAAAACUACCCAUAUUUUAUGAACUACUCAGGAAAAUUUUCCCUUUUCAUUGCUUCUUCCUGUAGCACUCCCAAGGGCUGGGGCGUUUAGGAUAAACUAGAACAUUUUCAUGUGUUUAUGAAUACUUGUAUAAACUGAAAGUAUUUUGAUUUCCCACAAUCCUCCAAAGGACUGUUUAUUUAUUGGUAUGUUGUAUUGAUAUUUUAACUGUUACAUUGUCAGCAGUUGAGUUCAGUGAACAUUUGUCAAGGAGAGCCUACUUCUAAACACUGGAGACUAGAAGAGUAAGAUAUGGUCCAUGCCCCAAAAAGCUUGUUUUUGGUGGUAAGUUCUCUUAAGAUUUACUUUAUCUGAGCAACACUGGGAUUGAGGGAACAUACGAAGGCUACUGUCUUGGAAAUUUAUAAGGAAGUAUUUCUAUAAUAUUUAAAAAUGCCUGAGUCACAUCAGUCUGAAUAGAACAAGUUCAUGUGAAAAGUCUUUUCUUAAAGAAUGAUUGUCCCAUUUUAUAAUACAUUCUUUUUAAAAAGAAAACCUUUCGAUGUGUUUUAUACUUUUCUUACUUUUUAUCUGAAGCAUCCCUUUAGUCUUCUGGAAAAUGUCCUACAUAGAGCUACCCUACAAACUAUCAAAGUAAAUUUUCAUUGUAAAAUUAGACAGCUGUUUUUGUGCUAGCUAGCAACUCUAUGAGUCUGUAAGAUAUGAAAAACUACUCUUUAUUUUUUUUAUAUACUUCAGCAAACAUUUUGCAAACCAAUUAUAUAGUUGAGGAUGGUGCAUCUUGAUAUGUAUGAAGUUAAUACUUUGAAGUAAGCAAUCAGUCUAUUACCAUCAGAUCAUAGUUAUUUUAAAAAUAUUUUAAUAUGUACAUAUUAAAGUAUGUAUAGAAAAAUGUUAAUAAACAUGUUUAUCAGGUA